AUGUCUGCUCCAAGCGUAUCCUCUGGCUCUGGAACAAUUGCUACUUAUGCCAAGAAAAUCAACUCGUUCAAACGACCAGAUGUCGAAAUUAUCCUAGAUGACCACCAUGAUGGAAAGACCUAUACAACAUUCGAUGGCUUGUCAGGCAAGGCCUCAAUCACAGCUCCCCAUGAUGCGGAAUUCGAUGAAAUCCGGAUUACCCUGGAAGGUGUUACUCGAACAUAUGUCGAAAACAUAUCUCAUUCCAGUGCAGCAUCCAAAACAACAGCCGUACACAGAUUUCUAAAACUCGUCAUGCCAAUUCGAGAAGCUGCAUAUCCUCAACCACGAAUUGCCGAAGCUGGCAAAACAUAUAUCUUCCCAUUCAACUUUGUCAUCCCAGACCAACUCCUUCCAACAGCUUGCUCGCAUGCAUGUGAUGCCGAUCAUGUCCAUAUGGCACAUGUGCAAUUGCCUCCUAGCAUGGGCGAUCGCGAAACAUCCAUACUAGAUGACUUGGCUCCAGAGAUGACCAAAGUCCAAUACUCAAUCAAUGCCAGAGUUAUCAAACACAAUGAUUUCCCAAAGAAGGAGAUUUCUCUGAUUGAGGGCUCGAAGAAACUUCAAAUAAUACCAAUGGUGGCGGAAGCACCUCCUUUGAGUAUCUCAGACGAUGACAAGAAUGAUUACGAGCUGUCUAAGACAAAGUCUCUGAGAAAGGGCGUAUUCUCUGGAAAGCUAGGGAAAAUAACUGUUUCAGCCGAUCAAACUGGAGCAAUCGUUCUUCCGUCUCCUGAAAGUUCUUCGGGGGCCACGUCAAUGGCAACUGUCAAGCUGCAAUUUGAACCACACGAUGCUAGCUCACAACCACCUCGUCUUGGUAGUUUAGUUACUAAAAUUAAAGCGAUAAGUUUCUAUGCUACCAAGCCAGCAAAAUUUCUCUCUUCCAAAUCGAGUAUGGUCAAGAACUUUGACCCUGCCCGACAAUUUUAUCAAACCUCGGUUCCUCUUUCGUCAAGAUGUGUUGAGCAGGUCGCAUGGGUGAAGCACUUACCACAACCAGAUUUGUCCCGACGAGCUUCUACCAUAUCGUCUAGUUCGUCUGAAUAUUCAGAUGAUUCACAAAUGUCGCUAAAGGCACAGGACAAGAUCUACUAUACAGCAGAAAUUUUAGUCCCGAUUUCAUUGCCUUCGUCAAAGACUUGGGUCCCCUCAUUCCAUUCAUGCAUCGUCUCUCGAACUUACUCAUUGGAUCUCGCCUUAUCCAUUCAUACUCCAGGAGCAGGAAUUCCAGCUUCUACGGUCAAACUCUGUCUCCCAAUACAGAUUGCAGCUCAAGGCAACCGAACUGCGCCACUCGCUCUCACCGCAGAAGAAGCUGCUGCAGAGCUAGCAGAUGCGAAUGAGUAUCUCAGACCACGAGUUGUUGAGAUGCCAAGAGAGGACUUGGUUGAGAAUAGUAUUUUGCGUUCGAGUUCUACUGUUCCACGUCCAGAAUUGCCUCCAAGCUAUGAGCACACUGAGGUAUCAAGCAGGCCAGUUGAUCCAUCAAGAUGUUGA